AUGGUAGUCAGUCUUGGAAGCGACCUACAGACCACGGCUCCAGUCACCGCACACUGUGGAGAAAAUGUGACACUUACAUGUAAUAAAAGCUCAGCAGACCAGAUGGAAUUAGUAACAUUUACCUGGCUGCAUGAAGGUGAGACAAUGUGCGAUUUUAAACAUGACCAGACAAAGCUGGUCAGCGGGUUCCGCUGUGAAAGGGCAGAAGAGAACGCCCACAAAAGACUCACUCUGAUUCUUUACAACGUCACGCCUGCCAACAAGGGGAGUUACCUCUGCAAGGUGCACUCAAAUCGUGGAAUAUAUAGUAAUGUUACUAACGUAACGGUACGAGACUGCCCUGGAAUUCCAAGGAAGUCCGUAGAACAAAUUAAAUCAUCAGGGAGUAUUCAUAAACUGCCCUGGAUGCAUGUUCUGAUAGAGAUAAUGAUGAUAAGGUUUUUUAAAGAAAUGCUCCAUGUGUGAGGCAGAGAACUAUUAAGGGUGAGGUUUGUUCAAUUGUACAUUUUAUCAAGCCUAUUACAUGCUGUUAUUAAAUGUACAGUCAACAGUGCUGGUGUUAAUCUUCCAUUACCUUGUUGUCUCUAAUUUGAAUUUUUAGCACAGGAUUCCAGGCCACUAUCAUCUACUAACCAAAAGGAGGCAGUGUUUCCAUUCUGUAUUCUGUAAAGGGGUGUUCUGCUCAGUGUUCCAAAAUUCAUUUCCAAAAAGUUUGAGACAAUUUUUUCCUCACUUUUACAGUCCAAGAUGAUCUGGAACUAUAUCUUUUUUUAUUUACUUUGUUUGUUUUUUGAACAUAUAAAGCUCAUGGCUGUCAUUUUUUUUAUAACUUUCAAUUCAGACCAUAAAAGCAGUCGCAUAAGCCGGCUUUAAACUGAAACCCAGCAUGCUGUUAAAUAUCUGCCAUACACAAAUACAAUUUCGACAAAACGUGUCUUCUUCAAAAUGCAAUAAAGAUGUUUCACAAAAGAUUGAGAAAAA